AUGUCCGCCCUCAAACUCAAACUCGAGCCCGAUGCUUUUGGAAGGCCUACCGAUCAGCCUAGUGAAACCAAAGAGGCUGGCUUCGUACAAACCUACAACGUUUUCCAAAUCUUCAACGAGUACCUCCAACCGGACACAAAAACAUCUCAUGAUUCAGCAGUUAAGUCACUCCUCGCUCUUGUACCCAAAGUCGACAACGAGCAAGAGGUUAUCACGAUCAUCAACGUCGUUCUGGAACUUGCAGAGCAGAUACCAUAUUAUCAUCCAUCACAUAUCAAGCUGGCUCGCAUUAUGGAGCAGUUUACUAGCCACACUAGGUUCACCUGGAUGCUACCUGACGAUGUCUGUCCAUCCGAAGAAGAUCCUCAAACCUGGCCGAACUUCAAUGCCUUCCUUGCUCAUGCACAAUCAAGACGUGUUGGGGCCAACGAGCCAUAUUAUGCCGAUGAGACUUUGCGUAGCACAUUUGAAAGAGGCUGUGAUACCGUGAAUUUCAAGGGCAUCUCCACAUUCGAGGGUGAGCGAGAUCAGCAGAUCAUUGCUGCAGCCCAGUACAUUCUCUGGGAUGGACAAAACCUGUUCAAGCGGUGUCUCUGCCCGGACCUCGCAGAAAUGGGAGACCGCCGGAUAAGGGACUCAGGAGGCAGUCGGUUGGUGUUUGGAUUGGGAAGGUGGCGGGGGUGGAAGAACGGAUUCAAGAAGAACGCAGAGGAAGAAAACGGGAUGGGCGAAGAAUGUCGGAAGGUGUGUGCAAAGACAGCGGCUCUGAUGGAGACAAUUGAGGCGAGCAUGAGGUUUUAG